GUUUCAUGCUCACCGUCGUUAGAGAGAAGAGACCACCAUUCUGGCCUGUCGGCAGGUCCAACGUGCUUCACAUGAGGACCCGGAUGUUACGACACACUCCCACUCAAAGCUGAUGAAUUUCACGGAGUUUCUGCAGCAGCGUGAAAGCCGGGUGCAGUCUGAGGCCACUCAGCUUGUUUCACUGUCAAGCUGGGAUUCCCGUCAGCGCAGGAAGAUAAUGAAGGAAGAGGAAGCUCCUCCCGUUUCAGAAGAAAGCAGACAGAUAAAUUAGAGAGGAAGUGGAAGAGCAGGAAUAACUUCUUUCUUUUUUUUUCUAAGUUCUUUGGAAGACACAUUUGUGCAACUGUGAGUGUAUAAAAAGGUGAAGCUCAUGGCGUUCCAGAGUCAGACAGCGAAACUCACAGAGAGGAGAAAUCCUUCAGUCUGGAGAGGAGAGAUCAGCUUCACUCAUUUCUACCAUUUGAGACAAACAUGAAGUCUGCAGUCCUGCUCAUCGUCCUCCUGGCCUGCGUCUUCCUCUGCUCCUCGGCGGGACCUAUCAUGAGAUGCAGUUGCAUAAAGACGUUCUCCGCAUUGAGGCGUGAAUUAAUCAAAGACGUGAAGGUGGAUGAACCCAGUCCGGCUUGCAAGAAUCGCCAAGUGAUAGUCAUCCGGACAGAUAACAAAGAGUUCUGUCUCAACCCGGAGACAAAAUUCACCAAAGACCUCCUGCGACAAAAAGAAAUGAACAAGAAGAAACUCUCAACAACAACAACAACAACAACAACUGCAGCUACAACACAAUCAGCAGCAACAGCAACGUCAUCCGUCACAUUUCCGUGACGCUAAAGCUGAUAUUUAUUAUGUUUUUGUUUGCUUUAUUCUAUGAAACACAGUUUGCACCAGCAGCUAAAAGUAAAAUAUUAAUUUUAUUGAACCCCAGAUUAGAGAGUUUCUGUUAGGACUGAAUUACUGGCUAAUCAGCAAAAUGAGACUUUCACAAAAAUCUGUGCAUUUAUAUUUUGUUUGAUAUAUACAUUUAUUUUUGAAGGAUGUAAAUAUACUUGUAUAUAUUUACAAAUUUGUUUAACUUAAAUAAACACAACACUUCUGUCUUUUCAUUGCUCUGUACAGAAUCAUUACUGGCUAAUCUGGCAUCUAUGAAAACAAACGGUGGAGGAAAUUUGCUUGAUUUAUUAUUGCAGGUCAAAGGUGAAUCACUCAAAACUAUAAUGUCUGGUCCCGCUGUGACUCAGCUACAACCUGUCACAUCCAAAUAAUCCACAGCUGACGCUUUCACUUUCCACUCGCCUCCACUGGAGCUAAACGAGCCCAAACCUGUUCAGUUAGAAACGAGCUGAAUUGCACCAUCAUUACCUUUAUGGAUGGUAAUGAAUGCUGUAGAAUCUGCAGCUUUGUUCUCUUCACUCAGAGACGCCUUAAGUUUCCACACCGAUGAACAAAGUCAGUUCAACCUGCACCAGUUCGUCCCCUC